AAACUGUUUUUAGAAAAAAAUAGCACCAGGGAAAGCAAAAACAACAUGUUUGUUUGACGAAUUCCAAAAGACGAGAAGGCUGGCUGUAUCAGGGAGCUUUACGCUCUAGAAUUAAAACUCCGAAGAAGACGUCGGAAUAUCGGCGCGAAGACAUGGAUCUGAAUUAUGUUGUUUUGACCGUGGGAUGCUCCGUGGGAUUCUUUAAACUCGUGAACAGUGGGUUGAAUAGAGUCCCUGUUCCAGAUAGUGCUCGUAGAAACGUAUGGAAAUGGAGAAACAUCUCAACAUCUUUCGUUCACAGCCUGAUAACAGGGAUCUGGUCUGUUCUUUGUUUCUACCUGCACCCGCAGAUGGCGGAAGAUCUGAUAGCCACUCACUCGGUCUUCUCGCACGCGCUGGUGUCGGUGUCAAUCGGCUACUUCAUCUAUGACUUCUUUGACAUGGUCUUCAACCAGAAAAUCAGCCAGUCCUGGGAGCUCCUGUUCCACCAUGUGGUGGUGAUCACCUGCUUCGGGAUCUCGGUGCUCACCUGCCAGUACGUGGGCUUCGCGGUGGUGGCGCUGCUGGUGGAGAUCAACUCGGUGUUCCUGCACCUGCGGCAGGUGCUGCGCAUGGCGAACCUGGGCGCGAGCACGGCUUACCGGCUCAACAGCAUGGUCAACCUGGGCACGUACGUGGUGUUCCGCAUCAGCACGCUGGCCUGGAUGACGCGCUGGCUGGUGCUGAACCGCGACCGCGUGCCGCUCUUCAGCUACACGGUGGGCAGCGUCGGCCUGGCCAUCGUCACCGCCAUGAACAUCGUGCUUUUCUACCGCCUGCUGCGCAGCGACUUCCUGAAGAGCAGCCGCGACGGCAAGAAGGAGAAGGAGGUGUAGCUCCCCCCUCCCCGAGGGGUCUCACCACGCCGCACAGCGGGGAAUGGGGGCUCUGCCAAACUGCCAAAAUGAUAGAAACCCCCCCCAUCCCCCUUCUGUGGAGACCUCUCUCCCUUCAACCAAUACCAUCUGCAGAACCACACCAUCCAGACAUGGCCACAGUUCAGUUUGGCAAACCAAUAAUCCAGUAGUAGAAAUACAAAGACAUUCUCAUGAAAUGGUAAUUCUUUUAAAACACUACAUGAUGCUGAUUCAUUCACGUACAGAUUAAAGAAGAGAGUUAAGCCACACAGUAACAGGCAGCCUGCGUAUUUCCUUAGGAAAGUUCCUAGCACUAAGUAUUACACUAAAUGAAGGAUGUCUUUGAAGCCAAAAUAGUGUCUUAUUGAGCGUAAGAGGAGAAUAUUUGUAAUUGCUAGCACUUAGCAUUGUGCACUGGGCUGUGAGCCUGCUCAAACACGUGCUACCUCAGGAGUCUGCAGCAGGUAUGGCUGCUCUUCACUGGAAGUUUGUUCCUACUCCAGUGUUAGUUUCUCCUGUGAAUGCUGAGGAAUUUUUGUGAAUUUAUUCUGUGUGAAGCAGGAAGUCCACGGCAGCGCUGAAAUGGGUUGGAUCCAGAGCAGAGGUCAAGGCUCCUGACCAGGUGACAUUGCCCUCAGAGUAGAGGAAGGUGACAGUCCCUCUGUCAUAAUACGAGUCCCCACAGACAGGGGUGGGACUGGGUGUCAUAAUACGAGUCCCCACAGACAGGGGAGGGGUAGGGUCUGUGUUUUUGUGCUGUUGUUUAUCAGUCCUAUCCCCCCUCCCCUCCCAUUCCAAAGCAGGGAUCACUUAUUUAAGUCUCUAUUGUAAACAGCCACGUCUUCUUCUCUCUCUGCUGGUAGAAAUCAAACAGCAGACCUUUCAGCCGACUUCACACACAGUCUGCAUGCACAGACUCCGUGACCUCACACAAACCACCACCAUGGCUGUCCAGUCAGGAACAGCCUUUACAAAAACAUUCUCAUCAAACACCAUGUGCAACCUGCUCUGAGCAUUUUAUUUCUUAUGUUGUUUCUUUAACGUUUUGUACGUUGUUUGUACAUAUAAUUUAUUCGUAUUUGAGUGAAGAUGAUUUGGCUGAAUAGAUGUUAAUGUCCUUGAUGAAGGAACUGCAGCGACUACGUUCUAGGCUGGCGCUCAGAGCACUGCACCCUAAAGAGAGAGUGUGAAUAAAACAGUGUCCCAUUGUGGUCCUGUGGUUUAGACCUCUGAUUCACCUCAGUUUCACUCAGGUUUGCUUGCUUUGCUGUCAGACUGCACCAAGCCCUCCUCUCCUCACAGUGGAGCCUGCAGUGCAGAUGCUUACUGUGACUAUAGAACAUGGCUGGAGCUGAGAGAAUGAAGAGUCUAGUAUGCAUGUGGUGUGAAUGUGGAGUAGAGUGAGAGAAUGUGGGGUACAGUGGGAGAAUGUAGAGUGGAGUGAGAGAGUGUGGGGUACAGUGGGAGAACGUAGAGUGGAGUGAGAGAGUGUGGGGUACAGUGGGAGAAUGUGCUCAGACAGUGACAGAGGUGUGAUCAGAUCCAUCCUACCACUGUGUUUAAAUGGCCGAAGACAACCAGCUCACUGGCUGAAUGUGGCAGAUAAGGUGAUCUUGGUUAUCUUCUUGGAAACAGACCAUGUUAAUAUUCAGCUGUCUGCUAUCAUCAGUGCCUUCCAUGGUGCUGAGGGUCAGUUCGAGUCUCUUUGCUGUACGCCUCCUUUAUAAUGUAAGUGGAGCACUUUGAGAGC